AUGGCCUCACGAUUCAAGUCAAAUCUUUCGGACAUGAGCCAUAAUUCAAUCUCGCAAGGGUUGGCUCUGGUUGCCCACGGCCCUUUGAGCAAGGGGCAAUGGAAGCUGGGGUCAGUCCAGUCGCGUGAGCUGCUAGAUGAUGAGGUGCUCGUCCGUGUCAUCGCAAGCGGCAUUUGCUUGGCCGACGUGCACAUUGGAGACGCCCCAGCAGCACUGGGCGACAACUUAAGCAGCCCCGUCUACUAUCCUCGAGUCUUGGGACAUGAAGGAUCCGGCUACGUCGAGAAGACCGGUUCUUCAGUGUCCCAGUUGUCAGUGGGCGACCCCGUCCUUUUGUCGUUCACGAGCUGUGGUGCGUGUUACGCCUGCGAGGACAACCAUCCGGCACACUGCGCAGACAUGUUCCGCCUGAACUUUGUGGCCGACAGGGAGGUCUAUCAGUCCGAGGGUAGUGACAGGUGCGAUAUUGGCGGCUCUUUCUUUGGUCAGUCCAGCUUUGCGAGCCGGGCAGUCGUGAAGGCGAGGUGCCUAGUCAAUCUACGCGGCGUGGUCGAGAGCGACGAAGAGCUCAAGUAUCUUGGUCCUCUCGGCUGCGGCGUGCAGACUGGGAGUGCAGCGAUGCUGAACAUUGGGGCCGUCAAGGCCGGACAAGACGUGGCCAUAAUCGGUGUCGGUAGUGUUGGACUAAGUGCAAUCAUGUUAGCCAAGACACUCGGCGCGACGCACACCGUGAACACGUCUGAAGAGUCGACUGACCUGACCGCAGAGGUGCGCAGGAUCACUGAUGGGCGCGGCGUGCACGUGUCGCUCGACACGACUGGGGUGCGCGCUCUCGCUCGUGCCUCUUACGACUUUGCCUGCAAUGGCGGCAAGAUCAUACCUGUAGGCAUGUCCGCUCCCACUGACACCUGGGAUAUCCCCAUGCUCGACUUGAUGAACAGCGGGAAGCAGAUCCUGGGUUGCGUGCAGGGGGAUGUUGUCCCCCAGCAGUACGCGCUCGACAUGAUUGCGUGGAAGAGGAAGGGCGUCUUUCCUUACGAGAAGAUUAUGAAGUUCUACAAUGUCUCCGAUUUCAGCAAGGCCCUGGAGGACAUGCGCCUGGGAGAGGUUGUGAAGCCAGUCCUGGUGUGGCCUUGA